AGUAUUAGACCCUUACUCUCGCUCUCUCUCUCCAACAAGCAUGAUCAUUUUCAAAACAUUUUACUAGGGAGUGACCAAAUUAAGAGAUAGAAGCCAUGUAUUAGCAGCAACAAUAUUAGGGUCCAGAUCAGAUUCUGAAGUGGAGUAGAGAAUCUUUGUCACUCGUUCUCACUCAAUUGAGCAACAUCUAAUGGGUAAUGCAACAUCAUCUAUGGCAUCAAGAUUUGCAUUCUUUCCACCAGACCCUCCAUCAUACAAUCUGAAGAGUGAUGAUGGGGGAAAGCUAAGGAUAUCAUCGGAGGUUUGUGACCACAGAGAAGAUGAUGAGGUUGAAGUUAUGAAGGUUGUAACAAAGAGAGGGAAUAGCAUUGUGUGUAUGUACGUGAAGAACAAAAGGGCAACACUUACACUACUUUACUCACAUGGCAAUGCUGCUGAUAUUGGUCAUAUGUAUCCCAUCUUCACUCAGCUUAGUCUUCAUCUUCGUCUCAAUCUUAUGGGGUACGAUUAUUCUGGCUAUGGACAGUCUUCUGGAAAGGCAAGUGAACAAGACACUUAUGCAGACAUAGAGGCAGCAUAUAGAUGCCUUAAGGAGAAAUUUGGAGUUAAAGAAGAGGACAUAAUAUUGUAUGGCCAAUCGGUCGGAAGUGGCCCGACUCUUGAAUUGGCCACCCGUCUGCCUCGCCUGCGAGCCGUAAUCCUUCACAGUCCGAUCAUGUCCGGUCUGCGAGUCAUGUACCCUGUUAAGAAAUCAUUCUGGUUUGACAUUUAUAAGAACAUUGACAAAAUUCCACUAGUGAAUUGUCCUAUUCUGGUAAUCCAUAAGAGGAACGUGAUUGGUGAAUGGUGUGCACACGCAAGUUGACCUUUUCUACCUACAAUUGACACCAAAAGAUAUUUUUGGGUAAGCAAGCAACAAUAAAAGUUCCCUCCCACCCUUUUGCUUUCUCUGAUUUGACAUUCUCAUGCCAAUACAUGGGUACAUAUAAAAAAAAGGAAUGCUAAGAGCAGCAAUUUUGGUGUUUUGUAACUAUUAAUUGGUUAUUAAUAGUAUUUUUUAUGGUGUGAAAUUAUAUCUAAUGAUGGAAGAUUACUCACUUUUAUUUUGAUGGUUAAGUACCGGCCAAAAAACACAAAAGUUAUUGGCCCCUAAACUUUUCCAUAAAGAAAUUAGCUUACCUGACUGCAUUAAAUACUGUCAAAAAUAAAAUAAGACUCCUUUCCCUUUAAUAUUUUUAAGGCUAAUUUUAUGGUGCCUUUUAUUUAGUGUCUAAUUUUUAUUUAAAUUAUUUUUUAUAUUAAUUUUAAAUAUUUAAAAUUUUUUAAUUUUUAUACUUUUAAAUUUAAAAUUAAUUAUGUAACCUAGUUUAAUAAUUAAGUAAUAUCUUUUAAGCACCAUAACAAACAGUGAAACACCUAUCUUUAAUAGAAUUUGAAAAUGGUCUCUGGAGGCUCGAGCAUAAUUUUAAAAUAGGAAAACAGGAGAGACAAAGAUAAAAGUGUAAAAUUUGUCAAAUUGGCCUGUCUCUAUUAUUAUGGAACUACUAAACAAAUUUAGCACUUACCAUCUCUCAACAAAAACUGUGUGGGACAAUGAAAAUGUGAUAUUUUGGGGUCAAUAUUAUUAGGGUAGAUCGGUUUAGUAACAUUUUUAUUUUUCGAAAGUAAUUUAUAAAAUUAACUUGUGGAAAAUAAUUUUUUAAAAUUAUAUUAUCUAUAUUUGAUAAAUUUAAUUAAAAAUAGUUUUAAUAAAUAGAAAUAAUAAUAGUAUUUGAUAAAAUAAUUUUUUAAAUUUAAAAAGAUCAUAAUAAAAAAUAAUAAUAAACAUAAAUAUAAAAUAAAUUUAGAUAUUUAUUAAUAGAUGAAAUUACAUUAAAUUUUUUAAUUUUAAUAAAUACAAGUUAAUAGUAUUUUUAAAAUCACUCCUUUAAAUGUUUUUAAUAAAACUUUUAACUUCUAAAAAUUACAAUAGCAAAUAUAAAAUAUAAGUACAAAUCAUUUUAGUUUAGCAAAUACAAAACGAGUUAUUUGCACCUCUACCCAAAAAAAAUUACCAAACCAUAGCCUUAGUAUAGUUCUUGUCAACUAUGCAUAGCCAUUUGGUAGGAUCAGAUACUAUUACGAGAAGCAUAAUUAAUUAUACAAGAGUAGUAAAGAGAUAUUGAGCCUUGAGUUGAUAUUAGUCUAUUAGAUUCUGUUUCUAAUUCUUGUUUUCGUUUUAUAUCUAAAAUUUUCGACUAAAGAAAUAUUAAAUGGUUGUCAAUCAACAUUCUUAGAUUACUCUUAACGCUAAUUCUAUGAUGACUAUGAGUUGAUAUCUAAAUUUUGUCUAACUUAUUUUUAUUUGUAGUAAAUUUUAAUUUUUUAAAAAUUAUUUAUUAUUUAUAUUUUAAAUUAAAUAUUUUUUUAAUCUUUUUUAAUAAAUAGACAUAACUUUUUAGGCACCAUAGCAUUCACCUACUCUUAAAAAUACUGAUUGAAUGAUGAAGA